AUGUCCGAUGCAGAGCAGCGGCUCAUGAUGGACUAUGUCGACGUGGAGGAGAACUUCCAUCCUGCUGCUUCAGGGAAGAAGAAGCACAGGUGGGUCACUCCGAGUGGCACUCGCCUGAGAUGGCAGGGUGGGGACGUCGAGAAGGAGGAGCCGCCUCUGACAGGGUGGCAGUUUGGGCUUCGCAAGUACGAGCCCUCGGUGUUGCUGCUCCAGGAUGCAAGCAAGAACCUGCAGGGCCAGGACGACCUGGAGGCCAUGGAGGUCCCGGUUGAGGAGGAAGAAAAGGACGUGCAUCAGGAGGAGAACUUCGAAGAGGAAGAAGAACCGGUGCCGUUUUGGCCAGAGGAGUUCUUUGCUGAUUGUAAGGGUUCAUUGGACAUGUUUUCGGUUCUUGUGUGCUUCGUUGGAAGUGAUCAGGACCCACCUGAUGAUGAGGACCGGCAGCUCAUGCUGGCCCCGAAGCCGAAGCACAAGCAGGAGCCGAAGGAGGAAAGGGCCCUCAUGAAGGUGCCAACAAAGGCUGGCAUCGUCUCCGUGGCCGGGCCAAAGGGGAAAGCCCCAUGGGCAAGUGGAGGUCCGAAGCCAGGUGGUGUCCAGCUGCAGGGCUUCAUGGAUGCCGAAGGCAACAUCUGGCCUCCGGGCUGUGGCCGUGCCCGUGCAAGGACCCGAGGCGGCGCUGGCCAGAAGAUGGCUGAGAAGGCCCUGGACACGGCCAAUCAGCUGGCCAAUGUGAUGGCCAGCCAUGUGGAGCUCCAGAGGGAGCAGCUCCGGGCUUCCUCGAGACGACGGCUGGUGGGACUACCAGUACACCUUCACGAAGAGACAGCGAAAGUGGUGAGGACACUGGUUCCGAGAGCUGCCAAGGCAGGGCACAGCCAAAUGUCGUGGGAUGGAAGAUCCUGGUGCGAUCUCGUCUACCGGGAGGCAGGAUGCUCCCAUCGGAAUUCCGGUGAGACGGUGCUUCUUCUGCAGAUGCCGCCUGACCCGGCCACCAUGUCGACUGCCACCUUGACCGACCAAGUGGUCGCUGAUCUGCAAGCAGUGACAAGCUUCUUGGCGACUAUGAAGUCCGCUUCCAACUAUGACUCCGUCCGAGAAGGCCAGGUCCUGGCCAUGAUCCAGCGAGUUCAGAGCAUGAAGCUGCGGCCCCAAGAUGGCACAGCCUUGCUGAGUGCUUGGCGAGAGGGCCCAUGGACAGAGGCCGAGACUCAAAGGUUCUCUGAAGCAGUCGCUGGCAUCGUGGCAAACCAGACCAAUGCUGCAGCAGGCAAGCGAGGCAUGCAGCACCUGACCAGUUUCGAGCAUUUUCUAUCCUGCAAGGACAUUCAGAUACUGGGUGGAGAGAGCAACAACACCUUGAAGUUGGAAUGCCUUGCAAGCAGAUGCUCCAGACUUCGUUUGGUCUGCCCAAGCGAGCCUUCGGUUCGAGCAAUUCUCGCAGCAGGAGUUGCACAUGGGGCCAACCUGGGCUCCCCUUCUGAGUCCUAUGCACAUAGUGUGACUUUCAAGAAAAUCUUGAAGCAGAAAGUCAAGCAGGUGCCGAGGCAGGGCACCCAUUUGCUGCACUACCCCGGCUCGAUCGACGAACUCCCUGCUGAGCUUCGCAGCCAGGCUUAUGAUGCAGACGACCCUCCGUGCCCAAUCGAGAAGCUUUCCCCUGCCAAUGUGCACAAGGCUUCCUCAGAGCUCGUUAUCAGAGGCUCAGACAGGAGAGUCCGGGGCUGUGGCAUGGGAGGAGGUGGCAGCAUGAUGCAGCUGCAGCAGCCGUUCUCGAAUCCCAUGCAGUUCGGCAUGGGAAUGAUGCCAGAUCCUUCUUCGGGCAUGACAAUGAUGGGCUGGAUUCGUGGCAUGCAGGCCAUGCAGCAGAUGAUGCAACAACCGCAGAAUCCCGAGGGGAUGCUGCAGAAUCUGCAACUUUUCAAACCUGCUGGGUCGCAGUCGUCUGGUCAAGUUCCACAGCCGGCAUCGGCAUUGGCGACCGGUGGGGCUGCAAUGCAGGCAUCGACAUUGUCGAGUGGUCAGGUUGCAGAGCCAUCCACAUCGGCGAUUGCACAGGUUGCACAAUCAUCGGCAUCGAAGAGUGGUCAGGUUGUGCCGGCAUCGGAGACUCAGGUGGCACCCGGCCAGGCACCGACCACAAAGACUGCACAUGUGCAACUGGAACUGGAUGAGGACGAUGCUGUGCUCGACCAGGCCACGAAAGUAUCCGAUGCAUUGGACAACAAGAAGGGGGAGAGCACUCGGACCUCCAAGUCGUUCAAGCAGGAUGGCAACCAGGCGAAGUCCAAGGGCAAAGGGAAGGGCAAGGGGAAGGGCAAGGGGAAGGGCAAGAAGCUCGGGAAGGCAGGCAAUGGCAAGGUGCUCAAGAAGCCAUCGGCAAAAGCGCCGGCACUCGGCACCCGAGAAUACUAUGCAGCCUUGCCAUUGAAGAAGAAAUUGGAGCUACGACCCUCCGGGUGCUCCAAGUGCCGAUGGAGUCCUGGAUGCAGGAUCUAUCUGCCCAUGGCGAACCCUUUGGCUGCACUGGGUCGAAAGCAUUAUGUGUCUCAGAGUGCUUUGGAGGCACUGUUGAAUGAGUUGAAGGAAGCUCCUCUUCCAGAAGCUGGGUCCAGAAGGACUAUCAAGAGGGCCAGAGACGAGCACGUCCAGGUGCAAACUCCUUUUGGUUCCUUGAUCACAGACAUCGCCGUGAAGUUGCAGAAGGAUGAGUCUCAGGUGAAAUUGCCUGUGUUGAAUCUGCCUGCUUUCUUAUGGCAUUUGUGCCACGAGCUUCCUCAGUUCGCAGCCUUCGUCCAGACUCGGAUGCAUGUGCAUCCGAAUGGGCCAGAUCGUGCCUGGACCAUGACACUGUACUCGGACGAGAUAAGCCCGGGGAAUCAAUUGAAGGCUAGCAACAGCAGGAAAGUACACGGCUUUUAUGUCACCUUUGACCAGUUUGGUCCCGAGGCAAGGUGCCGGGAAGACUUCUGGUUCUGUCUAUGCCUGGCAAGGAGUUCCGUGGUGAACAAGAUACAGGGAGGACUUUCAGCCCUGACCCACCAGUUGAUCACCUCACACUCUGUGCAAGCUCUGGCGACUGGCUGCAUGCUGACAAUGGCCAGUGGCGAGAGGUGUAUGUUUUUUGCACGGUUGGCCACCAUGCUCGGCGACGAGAGUGCCUUGAAGUUUGUUUUCGACUUCAAGGGUGCAUCGGGCCUGAAUGCCUAUCCGUUGGUGCGGAUGUUUCUGCUGAGCUUGCACGUGCCUAGCAUGGACGAUGCACUGAAGUUGGCCAUCAAGUCUUUUUUGAAGUUGUGCAUUGUCCUGGAUCUUCUUUUGUCCAUCAAUCGAGGCGAAACUGUUGCCCAUGAUGAUUUGGGAGGAGCCAUACAGCAGCACUGCGAAGCCUUUAAAACGGCAUAUGGCGAGGACAGCAUAACUCCCAAGUUCCACUAUGUCCAACAUUUGGCGAGGAUGGCUGCAACCAAAGACCUGGUGUCGUGUUUCACACACGAGAGAAAGCACAAAGAGGUCAAAAACUUUGCAGACCAUAUCGCAAACCCCACCAAAGGUUUCGAAGAGGCCAUCAUGAAAGAUGUGCUGGGCAGAUUCCUUUUAGCCAUGGAAGCCAGCACAGGACUCAUGCAGCCGCAUUUGAUCUCCCCCAAGACGGCGAGCCCUCUUCUGGAGGCUAGCUUGACCAGGACCUUCGGCAUACAGGCGGCUUGCCAAGCGGCUUUUGCUGCUCAGGUGGCCCCUAGCCAAGUAGUGCACAAAGGUGACAUGGUCAAGCUGAAAAGCGGAGAGGUGGCCGAAGUCUGGCUGCAUGCUCGAUCCCAAUGGUGCUCGAUUCAUGCCCUCGUCUGCCAUUAA